AUGGGUGUCGGUCUGGCAGGUAUUUUAGGACUGAUGCUUGUUUCUCCUAAUCCUUGUUUUACUCAAAUGGUGACCAGAUUUGUUCUUGCUUGGGAUAGUGGUUAUCACACUACCCAGGGAGUCACACCUGGCCUCCAUUUGCCUCUCAUACCAGAAAUUGUAUUUGUUAUUGCUGAGUUGCUGGCAGGGUUGUCUAGUCAGAACACUUCUGGAUUUGGGAAUGCCCUUGGUAUGAUUGGGGUGUCAGAGAAUGGGGAAGCAGCAGUAGGAGCACCGAAAUCCUCACCAGAAGUGCUUGCACAGAUGUCUAUAGCCAUUGCUCAGGGCGGCACAAUGGGUCUUGCCAUUGCAAAAGGAAUUGAAAUCUCUGGCCUUCCUCAGCUUGUAGCUGCAUUCAGUCUGGUUGGUUUGGCAGCAGCAACUCUCACAUGUAUUGCUGAGUACGUGAUUGAAUAUCCACACCUUGAUGUUCACCCUUCUGCCAAGGUUCUCAAAGUUGUGGCAUAUCUGGGCACUAUAUUGGGGUGUAGCUUUCAGUGCUUCUUCAGUGGCUUAUUGAAAACUGCUGGUACUCUUUACUUUAGUCUGCCAUGA